AUGACGGAUGUGGUGGAAUCAAAGAUUGAAGCUGUCAUGAAUCAAAAGAGAAAGUCUGAGUUGAUUACCGCCAAUGAAGAAAACAAUGCUGAUAAACAAGACUCGAUUCAAGACGAGACAGAUGGAACCAAGAAAGUUAAAAAAGCCAAACAGUCGAUCUCGAUCAAAUCUUCCGCUAUCGAAAUCUGCGAAGCAUUCUUCAAAUGCAUGGAUUUCAAUGGAAACGGAUUCAUAGAAGAAGGCGAAUCCAAAAUUCUAUCUGUUGUCGCAUUUGAUAAAGAUCUCGAGAGUGCAGAUGCGCACUGGACAGCCAUGGUAACAGCGAUGGACCGUGAUUCUGAUGGCAAAAUCUCCAAGGAUGAGUAUGUUGCGUGGUGGACUGAACGGCAUGCAAACAAGAGCGUCAAGGAGGAUGGAACCUUUGUAGAAGACUAUGCCAGGUAUCUCCUAGAGUGUUUGCAAAGAAUAUCUUCAGUCAAAGUAGCUCAAAGGAUGUGCGAUACCUUCUUCGAAGCAAUUGACUACGACAAUAAUGGUUACCUGGAAGAAGCAGAGGUUAAAAACGUCAGUCGGUGGGCCUUUGGAAAAUCAGCAGAGGAGGCUGAUGCCACGUGGCAAGAUAUGCUAGAAAAGAUGGAUAGUAACAAGGAUCGAAAGAUCUCUCAAGCAGAAUAUCGGACAUACUGGUUAGCCAAUGCAAAGACGAAAAUACAACCUGAUGGGACAUUCGUAGAAGGGUACAAGCGCUAUCUUCUCAAGAAAUUGAUGAAGAUAAAGAAUGGCAACGCUCGACAGGAACAGAUUAGAAAGUGGGAAAAAGAACAUCCGAAGAGUGGUAGUAACGUUGCACAAGGAAAGAGGAGCAGUGUAUCUUUCAAGGACGACUAG